AUGGACUUCUUGGACAUGGACUCGGAAUGUCUGAACGGGAACGACCCUUCCGUGCCGGACAUGAACAGGGAGGUGCUCGAGACGAGCGUCGAAGGCAUCGCCGAGUGGUUCACGGGCGCCGUUCUGCUCGUCACGGGCGGAACUGGUUUUGUGGGCAAGGCGCUGCUCGAGAAGCUGCUGAGGAGCUGCCCCGGCAUCGAGACCGUCUAUGUGCUGAUGCGUCCCAAGCGAGGACUUUCGGUCGAGCAGCGCUACAAGGAACUACUCAAGAACCAGGUGUUCGACCGCAUUCGAUCCCGAUGGCCCGAGCGCCUCGAGAAGCUGCAGCCCAUCGCCGGCGACGUGUCCGCCCCGCAGCUGGGCGUAUCGCCGCAGCAGCUGCGCCUGUUGGAGCGCGUCCAUACGGUGUUUCACUCGGCCGCCACGGUGCGCUUCACCGAGUCCCUGCAAACGGCCACCGCGCUCAACGUGCAGGGCACCGCCACUCUGCUGCAGCUCGCCGCCGACAUGCCCCUGCUCAAGGUGACGCCCGAUUGCGUGCGCUCGAUUUUCCAGCGACUCAAUGCCGAACCGAUUACGCGCGCUGGUGCACGUGUCGACGGCGUACAGCAACGCGCCUCGCUCGGAAGUGGAGGAGCGCGUGUACCCCCCGCCGUGCGAGCCGGCCACGCUGCUGCGCUGCGCGGCCACGCUGCCGCCCGCCACCCUCGAGCUCAUCGCGCCAUCACUGUUGGUCGGUAUCGUUUUCGCUUUCUCGUUCGCGAAGUUCCCAAACUCACUCCAUCGCUCACGCCCUCCGUUUGCGUUCAGGGGGAGCAUCCGAACCCGUACACGCUGACAAAGGCGCUGGCGGAGAGCAUCGUCAACUCGCACACGGAGCUGCCUGUCUGCAUCGUGCGUCCUUCGAUCGUUACGGCGGCUUUCCAGGAACCGUUUCCGGGAUGGAUCGACAACGUCUACGGAGUGACCGGCAUAAUAAUGGAGAUAUCGCGAGGAACAUAUCGAUCGGGGUACUGUCGCGAGCGCUACGUGGUCGACCUGGUGCCCGUCGACAUCCUCGUCAACUGCUGCAUCCUCGCCGCGUGGAGACAGGCUUGCAAACGGCCCGGCCACUGUCCCGUUUACAACGUGACUUCGGGUUCCAUCGAUCCGCUUCAGUGGGGAAAUUUUACUCGACUCUGCGUUAAGUGGGCCCGAGAGAACCCUACCAAAUACGUAAUGUGGUACCCGAACUUCUCCUUCACCGAGUCUCGCGCUCUCAACAGUUUCUGGGAGAUGAGUCUGCAUUUUCUGCCGGCCUUCCUGUAUGACCUAGCGCUGCGCGCGCAAGGACGGAAGCCUAUUAUGAUGAAGAUAGCGCGACGGUUCAAAAUGGCAGCCGCGACGGGCGAAUACUUCGCGAACCACGAGUGGCAGUUCGGCGUGAUGAAGUUGCUGGCGCUGCACGCUGACGCAGCCGGAGCAGCCGACUCCGCCGAGUUCCCGGCCUGGCCGACAAAGUUCAGCUGGGAGGCCUACGUGGGGGCCUACAUGCUCGGCAUUCGCCGCUUUAUCUUAAAGGACACGCUCGAUUCGUUGCCGCAAGCGAGGACCAAACUCAACAGGUCGGCGUCGACACGGCAUCGGACGAUCGGUGACGUACGCCAGUGUUGUAACAUCGACGUGUCUGCUUUCAGGCUGUACUGGGUGCACCGCGUGCUGCAGGCGGUCACGGGAUACUAUCUCUUCCGACUGCUGGCCCGCUUGCGGUAG